AUGAAAAAACUAAAAAAUUUAUUUGUCUCUGAAGCUCCAGUUCAACGUCAAGAAGUCAGACCAACGUUUACAGAGCCUCCACGAGAUCCACCGCGACGUCAAAUUGGAAUAUCAGGUAUAGAAAGAAGGAUCGCCCAGAAUGAUCAGAGAAACCAACAAGUUAUUAAUCAGGUAUGGGUGUUUAACGUGUUUAUUGUUCAUAUUUUUAGUCUUUUGAAGAUGUUAACGUCUUGAUGGGUCAGGCGCAGGAAAUGGUAGCUUUGUCUAAGAAGAUCACUGAAAAGUUGAGGGCCAAAGGUUUGGCUGAAGAUGAGGUGAGUUAAAUAAGGUUUAAGGUUGAAUAAAUUAGCAGUUUUGAUAUUUUUGACAGAGUAUACAUCGAUCAAUUUAAGAAUUGAACUUAUAAAGGCAUUUUUUCAAAAACAGGAGUAACAUAGGAUCAUCGAAACUUCUACAACAUGGAAAUUUAAAAACUUUUCUGAUAUUUUAGUGGGCUAAAUGAAUAAGCUAUAUACACAUAAAUUUUCAACUUACUUAGUAUUUUUUUAAAAGAGUUGUAAUUAUUUUUAUUUCAAUAUUAACAUUUUCAGACAGUGCAAUUCAAAUCCUACUUGCUAUCGCUCGGUGUAGAGGAACCAGUCACUAAAGAAGCUGCUGGUUCUAGUUCAAACUAUUUUAAACUUUUGGCUAAAGAGAUUUGCAAUGUUGUCUUAGAUCCACUAAGGGUAAGUUAUUUCGUUUUAUAUCUUUCAAUCAAAGGUAUACUAGCAAGAGUACUCAGUUGAUUAUUGAUAUUUUUGAGUUUUGGAAUGUAUUAUCUUUAACUUUAGAGUUCUGGAGGCACGAUGACUUUACCUGAAGCUUUCUGUAGGAUCAAUAGGGCUAGAGGAACGAAAUUAAUAUCACCAGAAGAUUUGUUACGGGCAGCACGUUUGUUUGAAAGUCAAGGACUGCCUAUAAGGUACGUUUUAUGGUUAUUUUGUUACAGCUUUUGGUACUUAAUUUUUAUGUUUUAAAAAUGUUUAUUUGUGUAGACCGACACAUACGAAAAGUGAGACUGUGAUAAGUCUUAUAUAUGUUAGAUUAAGAAGAUUUUUUAGGAUAUUUAACUAGAAUAUCAAAACAUAAUGUUUUUAUUUUAAGUUGAUAUAAUUUUAAUUAUUAUUUUUUUAGACUGCACUCCUUCCCAUCAGGCGUUGAAGUGAUACAAAUGAUAAACAAGUCCACCAAUGAUCCGAAGACAAUAGACGAGACAUACGAGAAUGUAAAACUGAACGGAACGUUGGACAAGGCUCAAUUUGCUCAAUUAUUAGGCAUAUCAGUGGUUUUGGCAAAUGAACGAUUGUUGGCCGCUGAAAAUAGUGGCAAACUGUGUCGAGAUGUUACGAUUGCCGGGGUCAAGUUCUAUCCGAACAAGUUUUUGGGAUUGUAG